AUAUGUUCCCGCUUCUUUGCUAAUGAGUGAUCUGAACUUCGCCCAAUCAUGUUUUUCAAGACGACUAUUGAAGAAGAUUCUUCCAGUGCCUUGUCCAAUAGGUUUCUCUAAAUUUCCCUUUGAAGGUAUUUCCAAGUGACUUUGCCCUGCAAAUACGAGGCCACCUUCAGUAGCUGAAUGGAAAACUGAAUGAUAAACUUUCAUAACCGAAUGUCUACAACAGUAAAAAAUAGUGGUAUUCAUCCCAUGAUUAAGACAAAAAUAUGUAAGAGCUAUCAGUUAAAAGGAAGCUGCAUGUAUGGUCACAAUUGUGUUUUUGCUCAUGGAUUAGGGGAUAUGAGGAAUAUGAAUAUGAUUAAGGGAAAAUUCUGCAAGUACUCCUGGGGGGAGUGCCCAUAUGGUAAAAACUGCAUUUUUCUGCAUAAAAAAGCAGAGACGUACAAGAAUUAUGAAGAAAAUAAGUCUUCUAUACUCAUUCAGUCUGCUCGUACUUGUGAUUAUGGUUCCAAAUGCAAUCCCGCUCUUGAUUCAGAAACUGGAAAUGCACAGAAGGUGAAGGACACACUACAGAGUGAUGCUCAGAAAGCAAGGGUUCCUAAGCAGAAACUGCAAGCAAAAGCGUCGUUAUUGAAGUGGAACAAAAGCAGGAAGAUUGUAAACAUCUAUGCUGAUUGGAUUGAAGAGUAAUCGUUAUUUGUUUGUGCUCUGCCUGUUCUAGGCUAUUAAGCAGAGCACCAACAAAUGACUUAUAGAUUUGCCUCUUCUUCCGGUGCAUUUUGGAUAGAGCUUGCUUUAGUACUUCAUAUAACAAACUUCAGACUUACAGAUAACCUCAGCUUUUAGGCUUUUUGGGGAAUUUUAGUUUUCAUUCAAUGCCUUGUCGGAUGGUGUAGAUUUGUGCCCUCUGCUACUGUAUUCAACAUAGAAAUUACUUCUAUGUCAAAGUAUAUUCACAUUUCAUCUUUUAGAUAUUUUUCAUUGAUAGGAAAUAUCGUGCCUCAUGUCAAAUUGUAUUGUGUCAAGUCAAAUCCUAUUAUAUCAAGUCAUUGUCUCAAAUUGUAUUGUGUAAAUUUCAGCUUUUUUUGGGGAAUUUUAGUU